AUGCAAGUGAUAACAGCACCAAACAACGUGAAGCGCCAGUCGGGCACCACAUAUGGGCCACGGACACCACCCACCCACCCAUUCACUCUUCCUCCUCCCAAUGGCGUGGCCCUCCUUCACCUCCGCAAACACGUUUGCUGCUCAGUCAUGCGAGCCUCAGACGCAAGCACUCAAGUGGCGUUUCGGCAAUCCAAAAUUCAGCACCUCCGAAUGGCAGUGGAAAUGCUCGCAGAGGCCACACGGCUCCUCAACGCAGCCUCAACCCUCCUCACGACUCUUCAAUGCGACGGAGAGGAAUACAGGCGGCUCUCGUGUCACAGAAGACGGCCAAUGGGAGCGCUGUCCACAUGCAGAAAAUGCCGAGGUCUGAAACAGAGGAGAGAGGAGGUUCGCAGAGGGUGUCACCUGCCACGCCUGACGUGCGUCGUCUCAUUUUUGCAACGGAGAAGUGAUGAGACGGUCGUUUCGGUGCCUGUGUCUCACACUCGGGCCAAUGAACGCCUCAAGGAACAUCCGGCAGAGGGCAUGCGGCUGGCCGUGCAAACAAUCCCGAGUCUCGCCGACGUUACCGCGGCCGCCGUUCCGGCGAGGCGUCGCUCUCCUUCUUCCUUGUCUCCCGUGCGUCAUCCUCGUAUGGAGGAAAACGCCCUCCACGAUUGGUGUCAUCAAUUACCUCCAAAUAACGAAAAGGAUUCCCAGCCUCGAGAAAAAGCCCCCAAAGUGGCAGUCAACGUGAGCCAAACAAUGCGUGUGGCCUUCCGCAGCCGCGUGCAUUGCAACUCCCCUCAGCUGCCCGGUGCUUCCUCCUUCUUUGUGGACCCAAACCGCAUAGUACACUUGGACUUGCUCGGGUCCUCCACAGGCUCAUGUAACCGUGUCCGCCACGCCCGUGCAGCUCGUGACAGCAUCACGUCACCGUCCACUUCUGCGGCACCGAAUAACGUGAAAUAG